CUCUUUUUUUUUCUCUCUCUCUCUCUCUCUAUCUGUUUCUGUCUUUGUUUCUCUUUCUUUCUCUCUUUUUAUCUGUUCCUCCGUAUAUAUUGACGACUUGUGAAUUAAAAAGAAGAUUCGCGGCGACUUACUCGAAUUUGUUCGCGAGAACGCAACAAGUGAUCUUCACGAGCCGAGUGAGCAAUCGCAACUUUUUUUUUUUAUUGUGAUUGAUACCGGUUGCAUUGAAAAGAUACGCUCUUUUCGUUGAAGAAACAAGAAAUAAAAGAUAAACUCUGUGAAUUCUCGGUUAUUAAUCUUGAUUAAAGAAAAAAAACUAUCAUAGCGAUAUCCUUCUCGGAUCAGGGAAUUGCGAAUAAAUACUUUGCUCAAUCGCUGUUGAAUGUAUCUCGCGACCUAGCAAGGCCGUCGCGACAAGUGCCGCGAGAAAAAUAGAAAGUUUGGCGCAAAAAUUGACGGUGGCAAUUAAAUACUCACAAACAAGUUAAAUAUUCUCAAUUCAAAUUCGGUAAUUUUGAUUUAAAAAAAAAUUCAUCAUCAUUUGUGCGAAUUGCCGGAAGAAUUAAGUUUGUCUUACAAAUCGCGCACGCGCAAAAAAAAAAAAUCAAAUCGCGUAAAAUAAAUUACACUUAAUUAACAGAGAUAGAAAAACUUGUUUGGUCUCUUUUGUCGCUCUUCCCACUCUCUUUCUCGAAGAGCUUGUUGUGAGUUACAUAAAGAGGGACAUUUUACCGGUCAGUUAAUGAACCCAGCUGUGCACGCACUUCAGAAAAGUCCAACGACGCCGACGAGAACAUCGCCAACAAAAAUCAACGAACGCCGAGGACGGAGUUGGAUUAUGUGUGACAUUACACGAAUUCCGGAGAUGAAGGACUAAGUCGGCGGCGGGAUUACGACGAGAGUGAAAGUGAAGCCGCGUGGCGCGAGACGCGCGCGUCUCUCUACACCUGGACCAAAGUGUGAAAGUGCAGUGUGCGUAACACGAACGCGGGGAGCACGUGAGUGCGGUACCUGUCGAAAUAACGCUAUUGGGGCACACGCCAACGACGAAAACGGGGGAGACAGUGAUGAUAACGACAGUAACAAUUGCAAUGCGUUUUCACGUUCGUCGCGCAGUCAAUAUCUGGUGCAACAAUGCCAGAUGAUAAUGACGACGAUCUCCGUUUAGCGCGAUGCAUACUCUGAUUUAACUCUUUAGCCACUUCAAUCACAGAACGCAAGAUCUAUUAUUAUAAUUAAUCAUCUCUUAUCGCGCACGCAAUUGUCAUCUAUUUUUAAACGUCGUUUAAACCGACCGCACUAUUUUUAUCCACCAAUCGAAGAUUGAUCUCAAAACGUAUCAAAGUGCAGUCUGAAGAGAAAUAUAUUUAAACGCGUGCAAAACAGAGAUCUUUCGCACGUUUCAGCGAACUUUAUCCUACAAGGAACAUAUUCAUAUUACAUUUCAUCGAUUGUGAGUAGUUACCGUAUCAUAAACUUGUGACAAGUGAAAUUCAAGCUCGAAAAGUGACUAUUGAGAGUGAUUUAUUGCGAAUCACUCUGCUGAGUGUGAAGUCAUUUAUUCUUACGAGUGUCAUUGGUGUGAUCGGUUGUCUAGACAGCCGAGAAAAACUUCUUUCGAGAAGAUAUUGUUUUUCCUCGUGACGUGAAUUCAUUAAAAAAGAUUCAAAAUGAAGUUUAUCGAAACCUUAUUCGGGUCUAGGUCGCCAAAGGCGAUGGGUCGACAAUACAUGAAGGUCGGCAGAAACGCUCUUUUUGGCGUGAGGACUGAUCCAAGUGACAAUAUUUGUACCGAAAAAGUUCCAAGACCUCUCUCAUUUUUAAUAUCCAGGAAGGGAAAGCUCAGGCACGGCAGGAUAGCAGCAAUUUGCUUAGGUCUCCUUGCACUUGUGAUUGGCAUAGUGCUGAGUAGUAUACCAUGGGUUGAUUGCCUUAUCUUAAAACAACUGCGACUGUGGAACGGUUCGCUUUCAUUCCAAUAUUGGCAGAAGCCAGGCGUAGUUCGAUUGACGAAGGUUUACAUAUUUAAUGUAACCAAUACGGAAGGCUUUCUGCAGUACAAUGAGAAGCCGAAGCUACAGGAAAUCGGCCCGUUUGUGUAUCGCGAAGAUAUGGAAAAAGUCAAUAUUGCGUUCCACAACAACGGAACUGUCAGUUAUCAGCAUAGGAAAAUUCUAAAUUUUAUGCCCGAAAUGUCUAAAGAUGGAGAUCUAAAACUGAUAGUACCCAAUAUACCUUUGCUCUCACUUACAACGAUGAGCAAGAGCCUACCGCGAUUUAUUACCAUGGGACUAUCGGUUCUUCUGAGUGGAAUGAAAAUGGAACCUUUUGUUUCCGUAACCGCGCAAGAACUUGUUUUCGGCUAUGACGAUCCAUUAAUUACUCUUGCGCAUAAAUUUCUGCCAAAAACAAGACGGCCGAUGAGCAGGAUGGGACUUCUUCUCGGAGUGAGUAUACCGUUUGUUUUUUUCUUUUUACACAUAUUUAUUGUAUUUGUAUAUUACAACAAAUUGAUUAAAGUUUAUGAUAAUAUUUAACAUAGAUUUAAGAAAUACGAGCCUAUAUGUCGGAUG